AUGCUACAGUGGCGGUUGCUCCUUGCAGGUCUUUACCCUGUGGAAUUUAGAGACUUUUUCCUAGGAGACAUGUACUGCUCCCAGACCUAUGCCAUGGGGAAUAUUGCACUCUUCUUUUGUUUAUACGCAAAUAAAUGGGAUAAUCCGCCCAUGUGCAAUUCUUCACACUCCCGCGUAUUCGGCUUUGUGACUACAAUCCCGUCCAUAUGGCGUGGGUUUCAGUGCCUUCGCCGUUACUAUGACACUCGCAAUGCGUUUCCCCAUCUCGUCAACUUCGGGAAAUACUCUUUCUCUAUACUUUACUACCUAACCCUCAGCUUAUACCGUAUCGACAAGUCAACCACCUUGCGCGGUAUAUUUAUUACUUUUGCCUGCCUCAACGCCAUAUAUGCAUCCGUUUGGGAUUUAGCCAUGGACUGGAGUUUGUGCAAUCCCUACUCAAAAAACCCAUACUUACGCGAUUUUCUUGGUUUCCGACGCCGAUGGGUAUACUAUGUCGCAAUGGUAAUCGACCCUAUACUACGCUUCAAUUGGAUCCUAUACGCCAUAUUCAUACAUGACAUACAACAUUCGGCUGUUCUGAGUUUUGCCGUUGCGCUCUCUGAGGUAUGUCGUCGUGGAAUGUGGACUAUCUUCCGUGUCGAGAACGAACAUUGCACGAACGUCGGCAGGUUCCGAGCUUCAAGGGAUGUCCCGCUUCCAUAUGACAUAUCAAUGACCGUAUCCGAUGAAGAAGCCAUAUCUUCCAUACCCGGCGCGUCUACCUCAUACAAGGGCAGAGAGUCAAGAGGUUCGCUUCCACAUGCCCUUGGACGCAUACCAACAGGCGGAACCGCGGUGUCGAGCGGUGCUGCCUCACAAAUGCCUGAUCUUGAGAGUGGUGAUGGCGGAGAUGAGUCCACGAGCUCACUUAGGCGCCGACGCUAUUCUCAACGCGAAGGAGGUACUCCUCCCAGUGGAACAUUGGCUCGGGUAGGCACCAUGUUAGCCACGGCGCACGCUCAAGACUUUGAAAGAAAGAAACGGCCUAGCAUACUUGAUGAAGGGAAAGAUAGCCCGAAUAAUGGCACGAGUACGGACGAAGAAGAGGAAGAAGAGGAAGAAGAGAACGGUGGUAAUGAUAAUAAUAAUAAUGGGUAUGAGGGUCAUAUUUCGGAGGAGUCUGAUCAGUCCAGCGGUAAUAGGGAAGGCAAGUCCGGAAGCAAUUCUGGCACUUACAGCAACAGGGCAAGUCGACAUGCAAUGUAG